GUGCCGACGUGCCAGACGCGCCGCUUUCCGCGCCUAUUAAACCGGCCUCUCCUGCAUCUCCUCCCAGGUUCCAAGAGUUCAGCGCAAGCCCCAGUCUCCUCUUGAUUCAGAUUUCAGGCUCCACCCACCUUCCCUGCAGACCUGACUGAGAGCUCGUUUUCUAUAGUGAACUUCGAUCGCCGGGGAGACACUAGCGAUGGACGGCGGCGACAGCAGCCCGGUGAUGACGGACAGCGAGCGGCGGGCGUACCGGUACGGGCACCCGGCGGCGCCCAGGCUGCGGGGCAUGCGCAAGUCCUGGUCCAACGACUCGCUCGCCGGCUACGGCAGGGCCUCCUGCGUGUGCGCGCCCACCACGCACCCGGGCUCCUUCCGCUGCAAGCACCACCGCCACGCCGCCACCAACCUCGGCGCCGCCGCCGCGGCCCCCGCGCCCGACGCCGAAGCGAAGCACGACGAGGCCCAGCAAACGGCGCCCGACGCCGAUCAACAAGCGGACAAGUCGUCGUGAGGCUCUCCUGCGCCGCCGCCGCCGCUUUGCUUUGUACGUCUGGGGCCGUCGUGCGCUUACACGGCGCACCCUGGCGCGCCGACGUCUUCCUUCCGUGUCAUUUUCGAGACUUUGGUGUGGAGGUUUUUUUGUUUUAUUUUUUCUUUGUAUGCUUUGCAAGAUUUAGAAUAAUGAAGUGCUGCGCUGCCGGCUCAGCAUGGCAAAAUGACGUGUAAAUAAAAUUUUUCCUUAGUCUUUUUGAAAAGAGACGUGUACAAUAAUUAAAGAGUGUCGAUUUUCUCGCA